UCUUUCUAGAAACAAACAGAGGGUUCUUUCUUGUUGCAGCCGGCUCUAAACGACCACGACGACGACGACUCGUCUUUUGUUUUUUUUUCUUCUUUCUUCGCACCAACCCAACCCAACCCAACUGCAUCUAACAUUCGUCUCUCUUACCUUUCAAAGUCAAUUCUCCAUUAACAAAAUUCAUAAUAAGAGAGAGAAAGAAAGACAACCCCGAUCGGGAAACCCUUCUGCAAUUACAAGGAUCAAAUCAAUUCGUCUAUUAUAUAACGAAAUUCAUCCGCAGCUGUUCUCCUGUUCGUCGGGUGUUGAUCAAGUUGUUUGAUUUUUCCUGCUUAGGUUCCUAAAUAUUUAUUAGACAGGGGAGAAUUCAUGAGUUCGGCCGCUCAAACAUCUAGCGCCGGAGCCACCGCUGCUGAAUCUUCGGGGAAUAAGAGAUCCAAGCGACCCAAAUAUUCAAAGUUUACCCAACAGGAGCUUCCUGCUUGCAAGCCUAUUCUGACUCCAAAAUGGGUAAUAUCAUCCUUCAUACUUGUCAGUGUAGUCUUCAUUCCCAUUGGGGUUGCUUCGUUGCUUGCUUCACGUGAGGUGGUUGAAAUCAUUGAUCGUUAUGACACGGAAUGCAUACCAGCGCCCUUUAGGAAUAACAAGGUCAAUUACAUUCAGACUACCAAUGAUACUAAGUGCAACAGGAACAUAAUUGUACCGAAGAAUAUGAAGCAGCCUAUUUAUGUGUAUUAUCAGCUGGAUAAUUUUUAUCAGAACCAUCGCAGAUAUGUGAAGAGUCGAAGUGAUAGUCAAUUGAGAUCUUCCAAUAGUGAGAACGAAACAAGUUCAUGUAAGCCUGAAGACACUGUUGGUGGAGUGUCAAUUGUGCCGUGUGGUCUCAUAGCCUGGAGCUUGUUCAACGACACUUACAGCUUUUCCCGUCAAAACCAGAAUUUGGCUGUAAACAAGAAGGGAAUCUCGUGGAAGAGUGAUAGAGAUCACAAAUUUGGAAAAGAUGUCUUCCCUAAGAACUUUCAGGCCGGAGGCCUCAUUGGGGGUGCAAGCCUAAAUUCAACCGUACCGUUGAGUCAGCAGGAGGAUCUCAUCGUUUGGAUGAGGACAGCUGCUCUUCCCACCUUUAGGAAGUUGUAUGGAAAGAUAGAGGUAGAUUUGACUAAAGGCGACCAAAUAAGUGUGGUAUUAGAGAACCGAUACAAUACCUACAGUUUCAAUGGAAAAAAGAGGCUAGUACUUUCCACCACUAGCUGGCUGGGUGGGAAAAACGACUUUCUGGGCAUUGCAUACCUAACUGUCGGUGGGCUAUGCUUCUUCCUGGCUAUGGUUUUCACUGUUGUCUACUUAAUCAAGCCAAGGCGACUUGGAGAUCCAUCUUACUUGUCGUGGAACCGAGCUCCUGGAGGAAGAUAAGCAAGAACGCACCCAUUUCGGCUUUGAGCUGGAUUGUAUGAUGCUAGUGGACGACAUUGUUUUUCUUUUUUGUUUUUAAUUCUCAACCGAGAGUGGUAUUAGUCGUCUUGUUUCUUCAUCUUCUGUUGUUAUGGCCAAAUAUGUAAAAAUUGUUGACUGUCUCCUCCUGUGUCUAUUGUAAUAUGUUGUCAUUUGGAAGUGCUUGUAGAAAAUCUGAAAGCAUGUAUUCUUUUUUUAUGGAUUGGGAUAUGGGGGAUUCAGUUCCCAAAAGGUUUCCUUAUAUGAAGCAUACCACGAUUUUAGUG